CCUAUUUAUAUAAGACUUUAUUAAUGACGACAGAGAAAACACCUUGGUCUCGAUAUAAUAGGCUAAAUAAUGUUACCGAACGUUGAUGUGUAACGGCGAUGAAAUCUCAGCAAAGAUUUGCGUUGUGCUUUACUGCCGCAACUACAAGUCGUACUUUAAAGCCUCACUUGGGUAUUUCAUGAGUCUUUUUGGCUUUCCUGUUUUCACACGGGUCUUUUGUGCAUAAUUAACGAACACAUUUAAAGUGUGUGAUAUGUUUGAUAGUUUUAAAAGGCGAAUCGUGUGGGAGAAGCACCUUUAACAGGUACUCGUCCAUGACCGAUGUCGAUGUUUUGGACAGGCUGGAGAAAAUACGGCAAUACUGUUCAGGGCACAGAAGUUAAUUUGUUGGCAGAAGGGCUUUUGUUGAAGUUUACCGGCGCUUUUCGCUUGUAAAAUACUUGCAUAGUGUUCUAUUUGAUCAAUAUUGGUAAAGAGAAAACACAAGCGAGCCGAGUUUUCAGAAGCAGAGACGCUGCGCUGGGUAUGUUGAGUCUAUACGGUCCUCAUGUAACAUUUAAGUCCAGCCCCCUGUGACACGCACAGCCAAAACGGAACUGUAUUACAGACAGCGAGUGUGUAAGGAAAGCGUCUGACGAAAGAGAAAUGGCGGAAGUUGCUCCAGCUCCAGCCGCUGCCGCUCCGGCAAAGGCUCCUAAGAAGAAAGCAGCAAGCAAGCCCAAAAAUGCAGGGCCCAGCGUUGGACAGUUGAUCGUGAAAGUUAUUUCUGCCUCCAAGGAGAGGAGCGGAGUGUCUCUGGCCGCAUUGAAGAAAGGUCUGGUCGCCAAUGGCUACGAUGUGGAGAAAAACAAUUCACGCGUAAAGCUAGCUGUUAGAAGCCUGGUGACCAAGGGGACUUUGCUUCAGACUAAGGGAGUCGGCGCCUCUGGCUCAUUUAAGCUCAACAAAAAACAGGAGAGUGUAAAGAAGCCCGCUAAGAAAGCAGCUCCUAAAGCUAAGAAGCCCGCUGCGGUCAAAAAGGUAGCGGCGAAGAAGCCUGCGGCCAAGAAGUCGCCGAAGAAGAAGCCCGCUGCAGCUAAGGCGAAGAAGAGCCCAAAGAAGCCCAAGAAGCCGACAACAGUGGCGAAGAAGCCAGCCAAGAGUCCGAAGAAAACCAAGAAGCCGGCAGCAGCAGCUAAGAAGGCGACCAAGAGCCCUAAGAAAGCAAAGGCGGCCAAGCCAAAAGUUGCCAAACCUAAGACCAGCAAAGCCAAGAAAGCGGCUCCCAAGAAGAAGUGAACGCCUAUACUGUAACGUAACCUCACCAAGCGCCAAAGGCUCUUUUAAGAGCCAUCCACAGUUUCUUGAAAGUGCAAGUUUCAUUAUUUCGUUCUUGUAUGCCUGGUGACAAGCUCUUCCAUGUGCAUAGUUGCGGAUAUAUAUAUAUAUAUAUAUAUA